GCGGGGGCGGAACUUGUUUGCUGGGUUGUGUUUUGAAAGGAGUUAAGUGUGACAUGAGGCAGUUACUAGGUGUCUCUGCGACUCAGAGAUGUGACUACACGCAGUUAUUACAGCUCGAGGUGCAAAAACCGCACUCACGGAUGCAUCUGAAGGAUGAGCACCAAGUCGAGUGCCGGAAAAGUUCGCAAUGCAGAGAGCAACCCAUGUAUAGAGGAGAGUGAUGGUUCCCAAAGAUGCCUGGAAGCAAAUAACUAUGAUAAGAGCAUGUGCUCUGCAUUCUUCUUGAAGUAUAAGAAUUGCAGGAAGUAUUGGCACACUGUGAUGCUACAGCGCAGGCGUGACGGUAUAAAGCCCGAUAUGCCUACGGCUAGAGAGAGGGAAGAAAUGCUAGCUUCUCUGGGAGCGAAGCCUUACUGAAACCUAUCGACCUUUAAUAGCAUAACACUGAGUACGCCUUAUGGAGUUGAAGUGUGUGAAGACGAGGGCAUCCUUCUAAUAGGAAGCCUUAAAAACAUUAUUUACACUUCAGCCCCGUAGGCAGGCGCGUGUGUGGUGUGUGUGUGGUGUGUGAUGUGCAUACUUGCGUGAGCAUUUGUGUGCACGUACUUGUAUGGAGUUGUUUGUGUGUACUUGACAGCGUGCAAGUGUUUCCAUGAUGUGUUUCUGAACACGUUUGCUCAGAGAUUCUAUGUUAAAUCAUUCUAUAAAUCUGGCAGGUUGACAUAAAAAUCAAAAAAUAUCGCCUGAGUGUUUAACAUAAAUAUUUUCAAGAAUCAAAUAAAUAAUGUAAAUACAA